AUGAUCAACAUCCUUGGAACAUCAGGGAGACUCAAUGACAUGAGGGAUGUGAUUGAGCAGAUGAAAGAGGAUUCAUGUGAAUGCAAAGAUUCUGUUUUUGUGUCUACUAUCAAGACAUAUGCGAAUGUCGGGCUGGUGGAUGAAGCAAUUUCAGGAAGCUUCCUGAAAUUUCUGUCUGGAAUUCAUUGUUUUGCAAGAAAGCAUAUUGGAGCUAAAACUGAGUAUGAUUUUGGAAGGGUGAGAGUUAACGGUGAAAGAUCACUUGGAAACAAUAGAAGGGCACGUUUCAAUGCAUUAUAUCAAGUUCCAGAAUAUUGUGACAUCGACAAAAUUAAGGGGAAGUUUGAUGGCAAAACUGUCAUCAUUACGAUUCCAACGAUUUCGGGGAAAGUCCCUAAGAAAGAAACACAACCAACUGAACAAGAACCACCCAAAGAACCAUCACAAGAAGCAAAAUCAAAUCCAGAGGAAGAAAAAGAAGAGGUUGAUACAAGAGAAGAAUCUAAAGCAGCCAUGGAGAACAAUGAGCCUCCAUGGUGUCUUGAGGGAAAAUAUGCUGCAAUGGUAGUUUGCUGGCUUCUUGGCAACGGGUGCCUUUUUGCGUGGAACAUUGGAACACUAGCAAUACUGGCUUACAAAGAGGACAUGAUCAAUACAAGGAUAAGAAACCUAUUUGGAUAUACCCUUUUCUUCAUAAGCACUUUGUCGAUCUUAAUUUUGGAUUUAGCAACAUCUGGUAAAGGAGGACUUGGAACUUUUGUUGUCAAAGAAAAUAAGGAUGCAAUUGAGCUGGUGCAGAAAGCAUUUGAUGAAAUCCUUCUUCCAGAGCCUGAAGACCUCUUUUCUGAUGAUCAAUUCAAAUCUGAAGGCAUUGAUUCAGGUGAGGUACACUUAGAAAAGAGUGAAGUUGAGAGAAAAAGGAAUACUUCAACAUCCACAGAAUCUCCAACAGCACAGAGGAUGGGGACCAAACCUGACCAAAGAGCACCAAGAAGCUGGAGCAAUCUGAAGAAGUUAAUCCUCUUGAAAAGGUUUGUGAAUGCAUUAGAGAAGGUAAGAAACAUCAACCCCAAAAGACCAAGACGUUUUCCUUCUGAUGCUAACUUAGAAAUAGAAAAAGUUUUUCUCAAGCACCAAACAGCGGGAGAGAAGAAUAAUGCUGAGGAAUGGAUGCUUGACUAUGCACUUCAAAAGGUUGUUUCUAAACUUGCACCUGCUCAAAGACAAAAAGUGACACUUCUAGUAAAAGCUUUUGAAACAAUUCUGCCAUUUCAAGUUGCUGAAAAUAGUCCACGGUUUUCUCCAACAAUGGAACCUCAAGCAAAUCCAGUUCAACCCCUUGACAAUUCCUCAAAUCACAGCGAGGAAGAAACAUCAUUUUCUCAUGAUAGCAGUAUGGAACUGACAGAAAAUACUAGUGAUGAUCCAAUGCCAGAACUGCACAAUCAUACUACGCUCAAAGAAAGAUGUCUUGAGUCUCUUGACUUUCUUGGAACCAAGACAGUCAAGAAUAUGCCUGCCUUUGGAGCUACUGAAGAAGACUUGAGUGGAAAGCAAAGUUUAGCUGGCAGUUAUGAUAAUGAGGAGAAGAUAUCAAGUGACAGUGAUAAUAUUUAUCUUGGAGAGAUCAAAGAUACUACCUCAAGUUCCUUAAAUGAGCAAGUUGAAAUUAUAAGAAGCAGUCAUGAGGAGGCUCCAACCAAUGAAACAGUCAAUGAUGUUCCAGAAGAUUUGCUAUCUAGUGUGAAUACAGAAAAUCUAGAUAUCAAAUCUAAGUCACCUGGAAGAGAUGUUGAAACCAAGAAUCUGAAUGGUGAUAAUGGUGAAAAAAUUUCCAUGUCCAAAAGUUUAGUCCUAGAAGGUUUAGUUAGAUCACUCAGAUCUAAUUUGAUUGGUUCAGGAGCACCUGUAAACGAACCAACUGCCAACGACAGAAAAGAAGGAAUUGAAAAUGUUAAACAGGAAACUGAGACUCUUGAAGAGUUCCCUACAAAGGAACAAUAUGAAACUCAUAUUAGUGCUGUUGUAGAACCUGAGACCCCUGUAGAGAAACAGAAUAACACAGGAUUGUGGUACUUGGUGUAUAAGCACAUGGUAUCAAAUAUGGAUGAAAACAAUUCCGAGUCACUAAUUGAUGGGGCAGAUGAAAAAGAGUCAGGGUUUGAUGGGAGCAAAACAAGAGGAGCUUCCUUCUCUCAUGAAAGUACACCCGUGACUGAUCAAGAGAUGAAAUUUAAGGACCAUGUCGUAGCUGAUCCAGAAGUUGCACGCCAACAGAAUGAAGCCAUCAAGAUGGUAGAAGAAGCAAUUGAUUCAAUUCUUCCAGAUGAUCAGGAUGACUUAUCAGACAAGGAAUCACUCACUGACAGCACAAUUUCAGACAACUCCAAACAAUCCAACAGAACUGAAAGAGUAUACAGUGAAGGCCCGAACCAAAAAGAAGAAAAGAUGGAAUCCGGGAACGGAAUGAUCCAAAAACAAGAAGAAUCAGCACCAAAGGAGCAAAACAAAACAAACCAGAAAAUGUCUACAAGCUGGAGCAAUCUUAAAAAAGUGAUCCUGCUUAGGAGAUUCAUCAAGUCAUUGGAAAAAGUAAGGAAAUUCAACCCAAGAGGGCCUAGAUAUCUACCUCUAGAGCCUGAUUCAGAAGCUGAAAAAGUUAACUUAAGGCAUCAAGACAUGGAAGAACGAAAAGGUACGGAAGAAUGGAUGCUUGAUUAUGCACUUCGAAAUUUGACACAGUGA